AUGGAUCAUAUGUCCCAAGCUGGCAAGCUUAUUAGACUUACCAUGGUUGAGAGACGGUUUGACUGUCAAGUGAAGAGGUUGAGAUCAGACAAUGGCAAGGAAUUCUUAGAAAAUGAGUUGCAGGAUUUCUUUGGGCAGAAAGGGAUUGUUCACGAUACCUCAUUACUAGCAGAUGUCUAUGUGAUUAAUAGGACUCCUAGCUCAUUACUGAAUUGGGAGUCACUUUUUGAGAAGUUAUACAACAAGAAACCAGGCUAUACAAUGCUCAAGAUCUUUGGCUAUUUGGCUUAUGCAGCUGACACAAGGCCAUCCAAAUCUAAGCUAGACCCUAGGGGCAUCAGAUCUAUGUUUGUUGGUUAUGAGAUUGGCAAAAAGGGGUAUAAAUUGUUUGAUACCCAAGAGUACAGGGUCUUUACAGCCAGAGAUCUGAUAUUAUUUGAAACAACCUUUCCAUAUCACAAUCAAGUCCUGGACCUUCAUGAUAAGAACACUUUGCCACUUGCUGUUCCAGAAGAUCUUCAUGAAGACACCAUACCCUUGCCUACUACUGCCCAAUCUCUCCCACCAGUGGAUGAUAGCUAA